AUGACAAAUCUGGGGCCCAGGCGGAAAGGGAGUGCUCGGCUGGAGCCGCUGCCAUACGGCAAUGGCCGCACAUCCCAAACCGGCCUUCCAGGGGAACCUGCCGUGGCGCUGCCGGACGGCCGCUCGGCCCCGUCGGCCCACCUUCCGCCGCUUAACCGGCCUAAAGACACGGCUGUUGAGGCGUUUGACUCUGUCAUGGUGGACGACGUGAGCCCGGGUGUUAGUCCCGCUCGGAGGGCUCGGAAGGCGGCCCUGCUGACCCGGUCUAUGGUGGAUGGAGACCACAGGACAGUGCUGCAGGCUUCCCUGGCACUGGACCAGAAGGAACGGGAGAUGGCCCUUAUUCGCGAGAACAAGCGCGAGUACGGCCGCAUCCUUUUGGAGCUGUGGGUCAACCAGGUGCUGGACAACACGGGGGCCAGCAGCGGAGGGGCAGCAGGAGGAGGACACACGGCCCUGGGGGGCCCACAGGGAUUGGGAGACCCGCUGAAGGUGGACGCAAGCGCUCUCAAGGGUCUGGCCAGCUACGGUCUGACCCGGGUGGAGCUGCUGGGUGCGGGGCUGUCCAAUGAGGCCAUUGACCGGCUGUACCGCUGUAUGUAUGUCUACACGGUGGGCUUCUUCGACGUGAUGCAGGACAUUUUAUCGCACAACGAAUUCCGUACGGAGAUUCUUUCCAACGUCUGGAAGGGCUUCCUCACCAUUGCGGAGAGCGCCUUGCAGGUCGCCUUCCGUUCCGACUACCUCAAGCUCUACCAGUCCCAACAAGUUGCCAUGGCGGAGCUGCUGUUCGCUAAGGAACAGCUGGCCGAGGCCAAGCAGGACUCAGUCAACACAGAGCAGGCGGUGGCCUGGCUGACUAAUGCGCACGCGGAGGAGAGGGCAGCGAGGCAGGUGCUCAAGGGCCAGGUGGCGGAGCUGCAGACGUCAUUGGAGCGGGAGCGCCAGGCCCAUCAGGCUGCAGUGACCAAGUACGUGGCGGAGGUCGAGGAGAGGGUACGGCUACAGGCGCAGCUCGUUAGUGCCACGGCGAAGCUGUCAGACGCAGCCGUAGCGCAGGCGGACCUCGUCAUGCAACGUGACCAUCUGACUUCGGAGCUGGAGGCAGCGGAGGAACGAGCCACCCGGAUCCUGGAUCACGUGAGGGGCGUGUACGACGCACUAACGCUGGAAAAGGCGCUCCGGCCAAAUACGCAGCUGGUCAACUCUCUCGCGUCAUUGCUCCAGGGGGCCGCCAACACGGCCGCCGGAAUAGUUCCCGCUAUUUCCGUCGCGACGGCGGCACCGCCGCCGCCGCUAAGCUCUUCCCCCGCCGACGCAGCCAUGCAGCAGCAGCAGCCAUCAGCUGAAGCUAGCGGCGUCAGCGUCAGCUCCAACCCAGCCCAACGCGGCAGCAAGGCAGGGUCGCUGUCGCUGAUGCCGUCGGCGCAGUCGUCGACACGCGCCUCAGCGGCGACCCUGCCGCCGGCUGCGGAGGCGUCGGCAGUGUCCCUGCGCGCGGCGACGCGCAAGUCGCUGACUGGCGGCUCCAACGAUGCCGGUGGCGCUGAGGGCAGCGACCCCGCCGCCGCCGUCGCUGCCGCCGCCAGCAGCAGCGCCGUCGACGUCAUGGCGUUGCCGCCGGUGCUUCCCCCCCUGGACGCGCCUGCUCGGGCCGAGGCGACUGUGCUGUAUGCAAACCUAAUUGGUGACCUCUCCAGGCAGCUGUACGGCAUGUGGCGCGACCAGACGGAAGCAACCGCCAAUACCGCUCGGGCGCUGUACGACGUUCGCGACACCCUGCGGGCUACCAAAGUAAAGGAACACGAGCUACAGGUUGACCUUGACAAGACUCGCGCCACAGUAGCCCAGCUGCAGACGUCCCUGGCGGAGGUGGGUACAGAGCUGAGGACGGUGCAGGGCAACUGGAGGGACACUGAGGAGGCUCUGACGCGGCUGAAACGAGCCAAAGAGGCCGUCGACCAGCAGGCGGACGAGCUAAGUCGUACACUGGAAAUCACGCGCACCGAUCUGGCGUCCACUCAGGUUGAGCGCAAUACGCUGCUGGCCAAAGCCAUAACGAUGCAGCAUGAUUUAGAGGUCCGGGACGUACGGUUAGAGCGGUUGGAACGGGAGUUGGCGGUUGCUAGAAACAGUCUUGCGGAGGUGUCACGUGCCAUGGUGGUCUACGCCAAAGCUGCCGCCGCACAGGACGCUGCACGCGGCUACUGCAAGCGGCAGUUCCUGGACGCCACCAAACGGGCCGGGGACCUGCAGUGGAGCCUGUUCAGGAUGGAACGACAGGUUCGCACCCUGGAGGGCAAGAUAGAGCACAAGAGCAACGAGAUGGCGGCGCUGGCAGCCGCCUCGGACUCGGCCAAGAACGCGGCCGAGCAGGUGCAGAACUCCCUCACGGCGGCGCUGCUGGACAUUGAGAACAAGAAGGCGAUGAUCGGUUCCCUGGAUCGAGCUCUGAGUGCCGCUAAGGAGGAGUGUGACAAAGUGAAGCAGGAGCUGGAGAACGCCAUGCGGAGGGCGGAGGAUGCGGAGAUUCAGCUAGAGUCUAGCUCUUCAAACCUGGCCACCUUUUAA